AGAACACAAUCAACUAGAGAAUGCCCAGAGAAGAAUACAAGAUGAAUUUGCAUUCUCUGGAGAUGAAGUUCUUUUGCUUGACUCUCCUUAUUAUUAGUGGAAUUACAGAUUCAGGAUCAGAGCAGUAUGAAGUCGUGGGUCCUGCAGAUCCUAUAUUUGCUGUAGCUGGUGAAGAUGUGAUUCUGCCCUGUUCAGUCAAACCCAACAUCAGUGUUGUGGACAUGAGAGUGGAGUGGUUUAGACUUGAUCUGAAAGACUCACAACUAGUGCAUCUCUAUGAGGAUCAUGUAGACAAAAACACAGAUCAGAGUCAGUCCUACAGAAGGAGAACAAAACUGAAUCAUCAGGAACUACAAAAAGGAAACGCAUCACUCAAACUCUCAUCAGUCCAAAUAUCUGAUAAAGGACAUUAUAAGUGUUUUAUUCAGUCCAAAUCCUGGUCUGAUGAUGCCACUGUUGAUUUUAAAGUUGAAGCUGUAGGACGUCCUCCAGUGAUCACUGUAGAUGGGUUUGAUCAUUCAGGAGGGCUUCAUUUACAGUGUGAAUCUGAAGGUUGGUAUCCUGAACCUGAUCUUGAGUGGCUGAACAGUGAAGGAGUCAGAUUGAGUUCAGAAACUACAGAGACACAUAGAAAUGCAGACAGAUUCAGUGUGAAACACACCAUCAUUGUACAUCACAGUGUCGGCAAGAUUCACUGCAGAGUCAAACUGAGACAUCACAUGCUGGAAACACAGAUUAUCACCACAACUAAUAUGUUUAAACUUUGGAGGACAUCAGUCACCCUGUUGUUGGUAGCUGUUGUACUCGGUGUGACUUCUGGAAUCCUGAUAGUUGUGUUUGUUCAUAAAAACAGAGAAUGUGAUCGUCUGUUACAAAGUAAGAAGAUAAUUAUAAUGCAAGAUAUCAUACAUUUAAGAACACACGCAGCAGUGGAUGUGAUUCUGGAUGCUGAUACAGCUCAUCCACAACUCCUUGUGUCUGAUGAUGGGAAACAAGUGAGAGGUGGAAAGACACGACUGGAAUUAAUGAAUUUAAAAGAAGAAAUAUUUAAAGAAUAUCUUGGUGUUCUUGGGAAAGAUGGAUUCUCCUCAGGGUGUUUCUACUUUGAGGUUCAGGUGAAGGGACAAACUGAGUGGGAUUUAGGAGUGACCAGAGAAUCUGUUAACAGGGAGGGCUUGACCAUUGUGAGUCCCAUGAUUGGAUACUGGACUGUGAGUCUAAGAGAUGGGGAGUGUUGGGCUCGUAAAUCUCCACAUGUCUCUCUUCCUCUGAGUGUAAAACCUCAGAGGGUUGGUGUGUUUGUGGAUUAUGAGAAGGGUCUCGUCUCUUUUUAUGAUGUGGAGGCUAUGUUCCUUUUGUAUUCUUACACUAAUCAGUAUUUUAAUGAGAAACUCUAUCCAUUUGUUAGCUUGGGGUAUCUGAGGAAUGAAAACUCCACACCACUGAUUAUCUAUUUUCUGCAUCCAUGUCCUUUAGAGAUGAAGUUUAUUUGUUUGACCCUUCUGAUUAUUAGUGGAAUUACUUACUCAAGAUCAGAGCAGUAUGAAGUCGUGGGUCCUGCAGAUCCUGUAUUUGCUGUAGCUGGUGAAGAUGUGAUUCUGCCCUGUUCAGUCAAAUCCAACACCAGUGUUGUGGACAUAAGAUUGGAGUGGUUUAGACCAGAUCUGAAAGAGGCACAACUAGUGCAUCUCUAUGAGGAUCAUGAAGACAGAAACACAGAUCAGAUUGAGUCCUACAGAGGGAGAACAGAAUUGAAUCAUCAAGAACUACAGAGAGGAAACGCAUCACUCAAACUCUCAUCAGUCCAAGUCUCUGAUGAAGGACGUUAUAAGUGUUUUAUUCAGUCCAAAUCCUGGUCUGAUGAUGCUACUGUUGAUGUCCAUGUUGAAGCUGUAGGAACUCCUCCGGUGAUCACUGUAGAUGGAUUUGAUGAUUCAGGAGGGCUUCAUCUACAGUGUGAAUCUAAAGGUUGGAAUCCUGAACCUGAUCUUGAGUGGCUGAACAGUGAAGGAGUCAGUUUGAGUUCAGAAACUACAGAGACACACAGAAACACAGAUGGAUUCAGAGUAAAACACACCAUCAUUGUAUAUGAGAGAGACCGGAUGAUUCACUGCAGAGUCAAAAUGAGGCAUCACAUGCUGGAUACAAUGGUUAUCAACUCAAAUAAAAGGUUUAAUCCUUGGAGGAUAUCAAUCAUCUUGAUUUCAGCUAUUGUUUUACUCAUUGUGAUUGCUGGAAUGCUGAUAGCUGCAUUUAUUCCUAAAUACAAAGGAAUCUAUCAACUAAAUAAUGAGAACGAGACAAUAAAACAAGAUCAUGAUAAACUACAGGAGGUGAAGAGAAAAAUACAAGAAGAAUGUGAUAAUCUACAGAAAGAGAUAAGCAGCAUACAGAAAGAAUCAGAUGAAUACAAAAAGAGAAUAAAGCGAGAACAUGAACAACUAGAGAUUGAGAAGAGCAGAAUAAAAAAAGAACAUGAUCAACUAAAGGAAGACAUGAGCAGAAUACAAGAAUGCUCCUCAGAAUGCAAUCAACUUGUACAGUAUGGCAACAGGAGAAAAUGAUCUACAUUUACAGAAUGAGAACGGGAAAGAGGACAAGUGAACACACAAUCAAAAAAAAAAAAAAAGAAGAAGAAGAUGGAAAUAAAAUAUGUCUUUUACGAUGAGGUGCAGGUGAACUGAGUGGUAUUCAGGCCAUCAACAUGAACGGUCUGAAUUCUAAAGAUAAAUACUGGACUGUGGGUCUGAGUAAUGUGAUGCAUUGCGCUUGUGAUUCUCCAUUUAUCUUUCUUUUCCUGUGUGUGGAACCUCGGAGUGUGUUUGUGGAUUAUGAGGAGGGCCUGACCUCCUUUUAUGCUGAGUCCAUGUUUCGUAUCCACUCUUACACUAGUCAAUCUUUUGAUAAGAAUCUUGCUUUUUUGGGUCUUGACAGGCUUCACUAAUCAUCUAUGAUCAUUUCUGAUAAGAAUAAAUUUUACAAUGAUUAAUCGUUCAAGUCCUUUCAGAUCCUAAAUGAUGAAUUCUCACAAAGUGAUUCAUUAUAAAUUAAUCUAUAAGGCAUAUGCCACUCCCUGUUUAUUAUAUAAAAUGAAAAGAAAGUCUGACCCCUUCUGUCACCUGUGAAAUAGCUCAAAUCAAGGUACAUAUAUACAUAUGUUCUGGGACUGUCCUCGAAUUGCAUUGCUCUGGUCCUUGGUACAGGACUUUUUGUUGGAUCUACUGCUUUUUCUUUUGUUGUGUAAUUCAUCCCUGUCACUGUCUGUCAAUCAAAAAAUUAUUAUGUCUGCUGCUCUUACUGCUGCCAAAAAGGUUAUUCUAAAUUUGUGGUUGGAUCCAUCUACUCCAGUUAGAUCGAUGUGGAUGUCAUACUUGCUGGACAUUGCCCUUUUGGAGUGUACCACAACCAAAAUACAUGGUGCCACCAGAAAGACAAUACAAUUUUGGUUAGACCUUACUGACACUUUAUCAGACCUCUUGAAAUCCUCAGAUGUACAGGUCAUCACGCUAAUAUUAUUGUGUAAUGUAUUGUAUCCCAUGUUUUUAUUUUAUUUUAUUUUAUUUUUAUGUAUAUGGUCAGAUCUUGGGCUCUGCUGUA